UGAGACCCGCGGAAGUUGUUUUGCGGAGCCGAGGAUGUCGCUAAUUUGCGUGAAGCUGUGACAGACACGGUGACGAUUUUGCGGGUGUUUGUCUUCGCGGUUCGACACUCUGUUGCAGGAGCAGAAAAACGACGGAACAUGCUGGAGUGCGGCAUGUUGGACCGGGACCGACAGGCCCUGCGGAGGCGUUCGGCGGUUCUCUGCAAACAGCUGGUGGUGGACGAGCUGCUCAUUCAGUCGCUGCUGGCCGACGACAUCCUGACGGAGAGCAUGGCGGAGGAGAUCCUGGCGGAUCAGACGUCUCAGAAACGCAGCUGGCGUCUGCUGCUGCUUUUGCCGAAGCGAGGACCUCGAGCCUUCAGCAGCUUCUGCUCGGCCCUCAGAGAAACCCAACAGCAGCAUCUGUGCGACCUUCUGACCCAGUCGCCCGAGAGAGAGACGCAGGUCGAUAAUAUUGAGCCUGAGGAGGAACCAGAGGGAAAGUCAGGGCGGCUGGUCAUGGAGAGACCAGAGAAGAAGAGGGAGAGGUCCGUGGACUCCUCUCUUCCACUUCCAACUCAGGAGGAAGUUUCGCCGAAGCGACUGAGGACUCAAGACUCCAUGGAGUUCAGCCUGGAUGCCGACAGUCCCAUCACCACUCCCGUCCUCCCCUGCGCUCCUGACUUUUACCUCUCACACUGCCAGCAGUCCUACAGAAUGACUUCGUCUCCUCGCGGCUUCGCUCUGGUCAUCAGCAACGUGACCUUCGACUCUCACGCCGCUCCUGAGCUGGACCCCAGGAAGGGAGGCGAGGUGGACGACGAGGUGCUCAGGAAGGUGUUCACAGAGCUGGACUACCUGGUCGCUGUUCACAGAGACCUCACAGCUCAGGGCAUGAGGACGUGCAUCGAGAGUUUCUGCAGACGUCCGGAGCACCGGACGGUGGACAGCUGCGUGGUGUGUUUGCUCUCUCAUGGAGUGGACGGAGCCGUGUACGGGACGGACGGACAGCUGCUGCAGCUGGACUGGGUGUUUGAGGCCUUCGACAACGCUCACUGUCCGCUGCUGCAAAACAAACCAAAGAUGUUUUUCAUCCAGGCCUGCAGAGGAGAUGAGAUGGACUGCGGCGUGGAGCAGAUCGAUGGCCCGGCGAGGACCAGCUCGCCCAGCUGUGAGCAGCGGGACGCCGGGAGGGAAGGGCAGGGCGACUCCCGGCAGAGGGGAGACCUGGGGAGGCCCAGGAUCAAACUGCCCCAGAGGUCCGACAUGAUCUGUGGCUUCGCUUCUCUCAAAGGUCAGAGAAUUUGCACCGCAGCCAUGAGGAACACCAAGAGAGGGUCCUGGUUCAUCCAGGAGCUGAACACGGCGCUCCGCCUCCACGCCAGAGACACUCACCUGGCGGACAUCCUGGUGCAGGUGAACGGUCGCAUCAAGGAGAGGGAAGGCUACGCCCCGGGAACCGCCCACCAUCGCUGCAAAGAGAUGUCCGAGUUCACCAGCUCGCUGUGCAAAGACCUCUACCUGUUCCCCAAGUACCAGCCCCAGUAUUGAUAUGCAAAAACGCACAUUGGGAUGAACGCACGCGGAUCAUUCCUCAGUUCGACUGCCUGCCACACAUUCCCCCCCGUUACCAACCACAGACACACAAAUCCUGGAGAGGGAGGCUUACGUUAAUCUACAUGUCGUCGCAAACGGACGACUUAUUAGCAUACAAAGCGCUCACGUGUGUGCUGUGUCUGUGUCGAUGCCAGUUAGAGGGUUUACACGCUAAUCCUUUCGCGGUUUCACAGGUCCCUCUUUUUUUUUUAAGAUGUAUUUUGUACACAGAUCUAUUUUUGUGGCUUUAUUUUGUAUGACAUUGUUUUUAUAAGGAUUUUUAAGCCUUUUUAUUUGUACAUAAUGUUUGUGAUCAUUCCGUGUUGUUGGCGCUGCGACCUGCAGGGGGCAGCACAGUAGAGACUAAAGCACUUCACCGCCUCUGUUUCAUUAUUCGCUUUAUCUGAAUGAGCUUUAUAUCGUCGUGAUUGCAGACAGUAGUUACACUCAGCUAAACGUAUGAGGUUCUGGACUGUUUAAAUGAGAGUUUUUUACCUUUUAUAACGAGGAAAAGCAGCUAGAGGGCAGCUUCCAGAAGGAUUAUUUAAGUAUUCAGUCAUUUAUCUCGUCUUGCGGAUGUUCAGUCAGGACAUCCAGAGUUUCUCCUGCUCCUGUGGUGGUGGUGGUGGGCUGGACUUGGUGCUACAUGUAGGGUCGCUCACCUACAGUAUGAACUCCGACCUUUACACUCACUCUAGUGUUUCUUCCUGCCGGUCGUAUUUUACUGGAGCUGCUUACAGUACGUUUGAAAGUCUUCCAUAGCCAAUAUGCAGUUUCCUACGGCAGCCGGUGCCAUGCGAGGAUGAUCUGUAGGAUGAAUUUAUGACCGUGGCCGUGCUUCCACAGUAUAUUGUGUUCGUUUGGCAGCAGAGAAGCGUGUUUCCUCGAGGCUCUGAGCGGCGACGGCUCCUAGAAAAGCCCCGAGCCGGCACGGCGGGCUCGUUUACAGCAGUGUUGUGGUGGAAACAUGCUGUGUGAGAGAGUCCCGGUCCGGAGCUGCUCACUCCUCCUCUGUUCUGGUUUUAUUAUUAUAAUGAACACACUGAAUUAAAAAGAGAGAGAGGUUCAGAUAUUUGCUGCCAGGUUCUGUUGAGGUUCUAGGCAGGGAGGGAUUUAAUUUCUGUCAACACCGACGACUGCCAAAUGUUCUGCACAAUAAACGGACCAUGAGUUUUAAUCAAGA